AUGACCGAUAAACAUGAAACUCGUGUUCACGAACAUUUCCAUCGAAAAGGUGAUCAAAUUACUGAAGCUGAAUAUGUAUACGAUGAAAUUCUCGGCAAAGGCAAAGUAAAUCAAAAACGUGUACACGUCAGACGAGAAGUUUUCGAACAAAUCGCUGCUACGAUUAAGAAAGAAACACUGUCAUUUGAAGAUUUUAUCAAAGUAGUUCGACCAUUUCUAAUGGUAGAAAGUGCACUUGCAGACAUACCUGAAGCAUUUAGUCUGCUUGAUACAGACAAGUCAAAUUCGAUUAAUAUUAACGAAUUGGCUGUGUUUAUGCCUGCUAUUGUACCUAAUUCUAAUCAAUAUUUGCUUCUUCGUUAUUUUUAA